ACCAAAUUGAAUACAUUCUUUCUCCCUUUAAAUUCCCAAUCCUACCACCUCUUCUCUACACUUUUUUUCAUUGCCAGACAUGGGUUCCAGAAGCCUUACUCUUUUGCUUUCUGUUUUGCUCAUAGUUUCAUGCAUGAGCUUUCAGCAAGUGCUGCAAGUGGAAGGUUGGAGAGAGAUACCGGUUCUUUGCACCCAUGAUGAGCAAUGCAAGCAAUAUUGCAAAGGAGAAUAUCGUUGCAUCAAUGGCUCUUGCAAUUGUGCUGAUGAAAUGCAAGUUCAACAGCAUGUUAAUGAAGCCGCCCCUGUUUCAUCUUAUGUUACAGCCCAUUCCCCAACUAAUAUGCAUUAAUUAUGCAUAAAAUAUUUGAAACCCAAUAAGUUGUUGGUAUAAUAAAUGAAAUAAAUUUUCUUUUAUACUAAUUCAUACCUAAA